CUGCCCCGAAAGCCAGUUCUCCAAGUCGACUUCUGGGUCCAGCAGCAUCAACCUGCUCUGAAAUCCCUCGGAUUACAAAAAGGAGAGCAGAGCAGAGCAGAGAAGGAACUCUCCUUGGCUUCAUCUCUCCAAGGACCAAGCGCCCUUCCUUCCUUCCUCCAUCCAUCCAUCCUUUUCAGGCGCUCCUUUGCCUCGUUGUUGCUGUUCCAGUGGAGACGCAAUGGCCAGUGGUGGUCUGCAGAUGCUGGGCUUCCUCCUGGCCUUCAUCGGCUGGAUCGGCACCAUCGUCAGCACUGCCAUGCCUCAGUGGAAGAUCAACUCCUACGCCGGAGACAACCUCAUCACGGCCCAAGCCAUCUACGAGGGUCUCUGGAUGAACUGUGUGAUGCAGAGCACCGGGCAGAUGCAGUGCAAGGUCUUCGACUCCCUUCUCAAGCUGCCAGGCAACUUGCAGGCAACGCGAGCCUUGAUGGUGGCCAGCAUCCUCCUGGGUCUCAUUGCGUCCUUCGUCGCCAUGAUUGGCAUGAAAUGCAUGAAGUGCCUGGAGGACGAUGAAGUCAAGAAGAUGAGGAUGGCAGUUCUCGGGGGCAUCAUCUUCCUUAUCUCAGGCUUCGCCACCUUGGUAGCCACGUCAUGGUAUGGGAAUGUCAUCGCCCAGGAGUUCUUCAACCCAUUCACUCCAGUCAACACCAGGUUCGAGUUUGGCCCGGCGCUCUUUGUGGGCUGGGCGGCGGCCUCGCUGGUCCUCUUGGGAGGGGCCUUCCUCUGCUGCUCCUGCCCCCGGAAGGAGACCUCCUACCCCCCAACCCGGCCUUACCCCAAAAGCGCCCCGUCCGCCGGGAAGGAUUACGUAUAAUGAGGCCGAACGGCGCCGGAGGAGGAACACCGCGGCCUUGGAGAACCCACAGGGACUUGUUCAACCACCGUUUCCCCAAAUGCAACAACCAAAGCCUUGGGCUUACUGCCUGUACAACCAACAUGUAUCUGUAUAUAGAUAUCUAUACACACAUGCCUCAUUCCUUGUAGUCCUGGAUGGGCAGUUGUGGUUUCAUGCAUUUGAUCCAACGGAGAAUCCCAGUCCCAAUUUGUAGAUAUCCACAGCAAAAGGGCGAGAAAUCGGCACGUGAUCAUUGCACUUGUUGGGAAUCUAUUACUCUUCCUUUGGGAAAAA